GUCAGCGCGCGCAGUUGGGCGAGCGGUAGUACCGCGUGCGGGAGACGUUUGGCCUCUCCCAUCCCACCCACCCCCUCCACCCCCAAUCCUCGGCCGCGCGCGCUGUGCAGAAGGCGCUCUGUCCUUCCCCUCAGCCCGCUCCCGGCCAUGGCCGCCGGCGAAGGGAGCGAAGAAGAGGUGCGAGUGCUGCAGACCCUCCGCGGGAAGAUUUGUCAAGCCAAAAACUUAGUGCCAUACUCUGGACAAAACAAGAUGAGAGACUGCUUUUGUACAAUCAAUUUGGAUCAAGAAGAGGUUUUUCGCACUCAGGUAGUAGAGAAAUGUUUAAGCCCAUUUUUUGGAGAAGAGUUCUACUUUGAAGUACCAAGGACAUUCCAGUGUUUAUCAUUUUAUAUUUAUGAGAAAAGUGUUUUACAGAGGGAUUUGCGUAUAGGCAAAGUAGCUAUCAAAAAAGAAGAUCUGAGCAAAUACUCUGGCAAGGAAACAUGGUUUAUGCUUCAGCCUGUUGAUUCUAAUUCAGAGGUUCAGGGAAAAGUUCACCUCGAAUUAAAACUGAAUGAGUUGAUUACAGAUAAUGGAUCAGUCUGCCAGCAGCUAGUAGUACACUUGAAGGAAUGUCAUGGACUUCCUCUUAUUAAUGGACAAAAUUGUGAUCCUUAUGCUACAGUGUCUGUUGUGGGUCCUUCAAGGAAUGACCAAAAGAAGACAAAAGUAAAGAAGAAAACAAGCAAUCCACAAUUUAAUGAAACAUUUUAUUUUGAGGUAACAAGGUCCAGUAGUUACACCAAAAAAUCACAGUUUCAGGUGGAAGAAGAAGAUAUUGAGAAGCUGGAAGUCAGGAUUGAUUUAUGGAACAAUGGUAACUUGGUACAAGACCUUUUCCUAGGAGAAAUCAAGAUUCCUGUCAAGGUGUUAGGAAGUGAUUCCUUCCAAGCAUGGUACCUUCUACAGCCAAGAGACAAUGGAAAUAAGUCAUCCAAAACUGAUGAUCAUGGAUCACUUAGACUGAAUAUAUGUUAUGCUGAAGACUAUGUGCUUCCAUCACAGUACUAUGCUUCCCUCAGAAACUUGCUGCUAAAGUCAUCAGAAGUUGAGCCUAUUUCUGCUUCUUCUGCUUACAUUUUGGCUGAAGUAUGUCGAGAUAAAUAUGAUGCCAUUUUGCCUCUUGUAAGGUUGUUGCUACAUCAUCAUAAACUAGUACAAUUUAUCACUGCAGUGGCAGAGUUAGAAUUGACGGAUACCCAGGAAGCAAAUACAAUCUUCAGAGGGAAUUCUUUAGCUACUCGAUGCCUAGAUGAAAUGAUGAAAAUAGUGGGAAAGCACUACCUGAAAGUUACAUUAAAACCAAUUCUUGAUGAGAUAUGUGAUAAUCCCAAACCUUGCGAAAUUGAUCCUUUGAAACUGAAAGAAGCUGAUAAUGUUGAAAUACAUCAGGAAAAUCUGCGCUUCUAUGUUGACAAAGUAUUCAGUACAGUUGUACAGUCAAGUAUAAGUUGCCCUAAAUUAAUGUGUGAUGUGUUCUGUUCUCUGAGGCGCUUGGCUGCUGAAAGAUUUUCUAAUGACCCUCAUGUACAAUAUUCUGCAGUGAGCAGCUUUAUAUUUCUUCGUUUCUUUGCUGUAGCUGUAGUAUCGCCUCAUACUUUCCAUUUACGACCUCAUCAUCCCGAUGUACAGACAUCUAGAACAUUAACCCUUAUAUCAAAAGCCAUACAGACACUGGGGAGCUGGGGAAGUUUGUCCAAAAGCAAGCUAUCAAGCUUCAAGGAGACAUUUAUGUGUGAAUUUUUCAAAAUGUUUCAGGAAGAGGCAUAUAUUGAAGCUGUCAAAAAGUUUUUAGAUGAGGUAUCAUCUACUGAAAGUAAAGAGCCAAGUGUCAUGAGCGAGUCGAUUCAUCUAAAAGAAGGGGAAAUGUAUAAAAGAGCACAAGGAAGAACACGUAUUGGGAAAAAGAAUUUCAAAAAGCGUUGGUUCUGUUUGACAGAUAGAGAGCUCACUUAUCAUAAGCAACAAGAUAAAGAUCCUAUUUACACCAUUCCAAUCAAAAACAUUCUUGCAGUGGAAAAGCUUGAUGAGAAUGCCUUUAACAGGAAAAACAUGUUUCAAGUGAUACAUGCUGAAAAGCCACUCUACGUGCAAGCAAAUAAUUGUGUGGAGGCUAGUGAAUGGAUAGAAGCUCUCUGUAGGAAGAGCAGAUACAACGAAAGCAGAUUGAGUGUUUAUCAUCCGUCUGCUUUUCUGAAUGGAAACUGGCUUUGCUGUAAGGCUACAUCAGAGAACACAGAAGGUUGCACACCAUGCACUGUAGGUGUGCCUAAUGACAUACAAAUAGAGAUUGAUGGGGAUCGAGAAGCGGAGAGAAUCUACUCCCUUUUUGCUAUCAACAUGCCAAAGCUGCAGAAGAUGGAAGAGGCUUGUGGAAGUAUAGCAGUCUAUCAAGGUCCGCGGAAGGAACCGGAUGACUAUUCUAAUUUCAAAAUUGAGGACUCAGUAGCAACUUUUCAAACACUUCAGCAAAUAAUAUCUGUUGUAGAAAAGUUAGAUGAGCAUCAUGACAGACAUGGGAAGAAAAAAUCAUCUAGUGCUAAAUAUGGCAGUGAAGAAAAUCCAAUUGUUGGGAAAAUUUCUUAACCAAAGACACACUGCAGCAAAUGGAUUUCAAAGAAACUGGAGUAGUUUUCACUUUUUAAAAAUCCUGAUUGUAUGCUGAUUCAGAGUAUUUAAGAAUGUACAUUGCCUGGA